UCGCCACCUCCCUCAGCCGCUGCCUUGCCGCGUUGCCGGUGCACUCGCAGCCCAGCGGACACCAGGAGGCGGAGGCGGGACAGCCUGGGGUCCGAGAGUGCAGUCUAGCGGCCCCAGGGCCAAAGUUUGCCAGCAGCCCCGGGAGGCCAAGCGGGCGCUACGCGUCGCCUGCAGCCCCCUCUCGCAUCCUCACCCGGUCGUUGCUGCACCGGGGGACUGAGCUGCGGCCCGGCCAGCUCCAAGGCGGGGACGCCGCGACGGGAACUUAAGGCCCAAGAGGGAUGUGAAGCCCCAAAAUGACCCUGUUACCGGGAGACAACUCGGAUUACGAUUACAGUGCCCUGAGCUGCACCUCAGACACCUCCUUGCACCCCGCCUUCUUCCCACAGCGCCAGGCCAUCAAAGGGGUCUUCUACCGCAGGGCCCAGCGGUUGCACCCGGAGGACGACCUGCACCAGGGCAGCUCACUCGGGGACCGCCGGCGCCAGAUCAUCAUCAAUGUGGGUGGCAUCAAAUACUCGCUGCCUUGGACCACGCUGGAUGAGUUCCCGCUGACGCGGCUGGGCCAGCUCAAAGCCUGCACCAACUUCGAUGACAUCCUGAGCGUGUGUGACGACUAUGAUGUGACCUGCAAUGAGUUCUUCUUCGACCGCAACCCUGGAGCCUUCGGCACCAUCCUCACCUUCCUGCGGGCUGGCAAGCUGCGGCUGCUGCGGGAGAUGUGCGCCCUGUCCUUCCAGGAGGAGCUGCUCUACUGGGGUAUCGCCGAGGACCACCUGGACGGCUGCUGCAAGCGCCGAUACCUGCAGAAAAUCGAGGAGUUCGCCGAGAUGAUGGAGCGCGAGGACGAGGAGGAGCCUCUGGACAGCGAGGACCAAGACACUGAGGGUCCGUCCACCGGUGAGGGCCGCCUGGGCCGCUGCAUGAGGAGGCUGCGGGACAUGGUGGAGAGGCCACACUCGGGGCUGCCUGGCAAGGUGUUUGCCUGCCUGUCCGUUCUGUUUGUCACCGUCACCGCCGUCAACCUGUCCGUUAGCACCCUGCCCAGCCUGCGGGAGGAGGAAGAACAGGGCCAGUGUUCCCAAAUGUGUCACAACGUCUUCAUCGUGGAGUCCGUGUGUGUCGGUUGGUUCUCCCUUGAGUUCCUGCUCCGCUUCAUCCAGGCGCCCAGCAAGUUCGCCUUCCUGCGGAGUCCACUGACCCUCAUCGACCUGGUGGCCAUCCUCCCGUACUAUGUCACACUGCUGGUGGAUGGCGCUGCCUCCAGCCGCCGCAAGCCAAGCACCGGGAACAGCUACCUGGACAAAGUUGGGCUGGUGCUGCGCGUGCUGCGGGCACUGCGCAUCCUCUAUGUGAUGCGCCUGGCCCGGCACUCCCUGGGGCUGCAGACGCUGGGGCUCACAGCCCGCCGCUGCACACGUGAGUUCGGACUGCUGCUGCUUUUCCUGUGUGUGGCCAUUGCCCUCUUUGCCCCACUGCUCUACGUCAUCGAGAACGAAAUGGCCGACAGCCCCGAAUUCACCAGCAUCCCUGCCUGCUACUGGUGGGCCGUCAUCACCAUGACAACCGUGGGCUACGGAGACAUGGUACCUAGGAGCACGCCUGGCCAGGUGGUGGCUCUGAGCAGCAUCCUCAGCGGGAUCCUGCUCAUGGCCUUCCCUGUCACCUCCAUCUUCCACACCUUCUCCCGCUCUUAUCUGGAGCUCAAGCAGGAACAAGAGAGGGUGCUGAUCCGCAGGGCCCAGUACCUCAUCAAAACCAAGUCGCAGCUCAGUGGCAUGUCCCAGGACAGUGACAUCUUGUUUGGAAGUGCCUCUUCAGACACCAGGGAUAACAACUGAGGCCAGAAGACAUCCCUGCCCUGCCUGCCAGCUGCGGCUUCGUGCAACCACCGUCACUAUUGAAGCCUGGAGAAGGACGUUACCGCUUUCAAGGCCAGCCCUAGCCCGGGACUGACCUGAGUGAGCCACGCCACAAGAAGGAUAUGUGCCAUAUCACCGAGAGUCCCUGCCCUCCCUCAGAGCCCAGAAGCAAAAGGGAAGCGAGCUGAGGCCAGCACCUCACCCACCCUAGCCUCACAUCUGUUUCCCACCCUCAGGAGCCGACUGGCUGCUUUCCACAUGUAAAGAACACACAGGGGACUGUAUGGAGAGAAGUCCAGACAGCAGGCAGCCACACAUGACUUUAAUGCGUCCACUGAAAAGGGAAAAGCCCUCCCCUGGGGCUCUCGAGGAAGGAGCCGUGUCUCUAAGUGAAGCCAGCAGCGGGGUAGCAGAAGUGAAAGGGCCAUGUUGCUGGGGUCUCGGGGCUGGUGAGACCCCGGUGGGAUGGGAGCAAAGGGAACAGACAGACCUUUAGGGAGACCACCAUGGAUGCUGUGUUCAGCCUCCUGCUGCUCCGGACUCCCAAGCCUGUCCUUCAUCCUGCUUCCUGCUCACCUCUGCCCUGUCCUCUUUCACGCCUUGAGAGCCCCUUCCCAGAAUCCCCUCAUCCCAGUGGGGGACACCAUAAGCCAGUCAGCGCUACUGACUUUAAAGGUGAAGUCACCUCAUUUUAUGGCUUAAAUAAGUGAGAUUUUAGCCUACUCCAAUUUAUUUUAAUAUUACCAAAAAAAAAAA